GUGCAUAUAUCGUACAUGUAUGUCUAUAUAUAUCGCUAUAUGUAUACAUGUCCCGGUAAUUUGAAGUCAAAGUCCCAGAUUUGGUCUGAAAAUUUAUGGCAGGAAUGCCAAUCCUAUGUAUAGAUAAACAAGUUAUUUAUAAACGACCAAUGACGUAACACUAUGCAGCUUUCAAUAAACACAGUGCAAUAUGGCUACAAUCGGAAUCCAAACAGUGAUAGUGUUUUCAUAUCUGGAAUAGCAUAACUUACGCUACAUUAAGAGAAAGGAACUCUUUAUUUAUGCCAAGUAGGUGCAGGCAGCCUAGUACCAGUACUUCUGUAGGCAAAAGAAAACGUCCACGAACUUGGACUGCUAAUUUUAUGUGCCUUUCAAACAAUCAUCAAAAUAAGGUACCUAACAGUGCUGAAAAAGAAUGCUUAUACAAGGCAGGUUUGGGUUUGAAAAAAGUAACUUUUGAAGGAGAUGCAAAAGAACAAAGUGUUCACGACACUCUUAUUAAAGCGUUUACAAAACUUGAACAGUGUGGGGGCUUUGAGCUAUUACAUUGUAACAGUUCGUGCAGAGAAUUGAAAAAACUUAAUUGUAAAUGGGAUGUUAAAACAUUGAAAAGUGUUGUAGGACCUCAAGGUAAAUUUUAUAUUAGACCCAUUCAAAAGUGUUUGACGGUUGAGGUAGUAACAGAAGAUGAAGAAACAGAGUUAAUGACAAAGUGUGACAUAUGCAAACAGGACGUUUCUUUAGGUCAGAUACGUAACCAUGUUGAGUCCUGUAUAGCCACAAAUCUGGACCAUACAGGAACGUACCUGUAUACUUCACAGGGAAAUUCAGAUGAAGAACUUCCUGAAAGUGCUUCAGAGAUAAUUCAUCAACAGGGGUUUUCCAUGGAAUUCCAUGAUUUACCAGAGAUUGCCAGCAUAACUUCCAUGGUGACCCUGGACAAUGUACUCCCGGGCAGUGAGGACCAGCAUAAUGGAGAUUAUUUAAGUACAAUUGUUAAAAAGUGUACUACAUUUUGUAAAUCCAAUGAUGUGUCUGAUCCUAUUCAUGUGCUAAAGAUCUUUCAAAAAGAGAUUGUCACUGGGAGACCAUUAGAACUAACAGAAGAGACAUCAUCUACGGGCAUUUAUGGUGAAACCAAUUUCAUUUUGGUAGACAGAGGCGAUCUACUGAAAACAGCAAUUGAGGAAAUAAGGGCAAUAAGCGACAUGAGGAUUUAA